UUUGUGGACAAAAAUUCACCCGAAAGUCAUAUAAAGACUCCCACACGAGAAUGCACACUGGAGAUAAACCAUUUCCAUGUGAUGUUUGUGGACAAAGAUUCACCCGAAAAUCAUAUAAAGACUCCCACAUGAGAAUCCACACUGGAAACAAACCGUUCCCUUGUAAAAUCUGCGGUAAGAGAUUUAACCAAAAAUAUAGUUUGGACAGACACAUGAGAAGCCACACAGGAGAAAAACCAUUCCAUUGUGAUGUCUGUGGACAAAAAUUUAUCCAAAAUUCGCAUAAAAACUCCCACAUGAGGAUCCACACUGGAGACAAACCGUUCCCUUGUAAAAUCUGCGGUAAGAGAUUUAACCAAAAAUAUAGUUUGGACAGACACAUGAGAGUCCACACAGGAGAAAAACCAUUCCCUUGUGAUGUCUGUGGACAAAAAUUUAUCCAAAAUUCGCAUAAAAACUCCCACAUGAGGAUCCACACUGGAGACAAACCGUUCCCUUGUGAACUUUGCGGUCAGAGGUUUAGCCAAAAAUUUAGUUUAAACACACACAUGAGAAUUCAUAAGGGAGAAAAAACAUUCCUUUGUGAUGUUUGUGGACAAAGGUUUAGACAUAAGUCAAGUGUAACAUGCCACAUGAGAAUCCACGCUGGAGACAAACCAUUUCCUUGUGAU